UUUCUUCCCACUGGCAAUUUUAUUCCAUUUUCCAGAGUAUAUAAUAUCGUCGCCUCAAUCGUUGCAGUCACUGUCAGUUGACAUCGCCCCAUCCAAACUUAACUCCGAUCGCCACCUCCGGUCCUCCCCGCUUUGGCACCGAUCAACCUCCACCCCCCUAAUCAGAGAUUCUUUGGACGACUCCUUUACAUAUUUGUUGUGGAGUGAUCGCGAUACUGUGCAAUACAUAAUUCCAGAGUCUCGGAUUCGGUUUCAGUUGUUCUAGAGCACAAUUCGCAUUGUGUUAUUUUACACACCCCGCUACGAUAUCUGCCCCGCAUAUUGCCAGUCGAGUCAUAAUAAUGCCUGCCUCGACGGAACCGAGUUUGCAAUUCGACUCGAUCGAAGAUACGGUUGCUGCUUUUAAGAAUGGCGAAUUUAUCAUCGCUCUCGACUCGCAGGACCGGGAAAAUGAGGGUGAUCUGAUUAUCGCGGCCGAGUCUGUUACAGACGCCCAGAUGGCUUUCCUUGUCCGGUUUACCAGUGGCCUGAUUUGCGCCCCCAUCACCGCCGACAUCGCCCGCCGCCUCGCCCUCCCCCAAAUGGUCGUCGAAAACGCCGACCCCAAGGGAACAGCCUACACGAUAUCCAUCGACUCCAGCGACGACUCCGUCACGACCGGCAUCUCCGCACAUGACCGCGCCCUCGCCUGCCGAACGCUGGCUUCCCCGACUGCCCGCAUCGAGGACUUCCGGCGUCCGGGCCAUAUCAUCCCUCUGCAGGCUAGAGACGGGGGUGUGCGCGUGCGCCGCGGACACACCGAGGCUGCUGUUGAGUUUUGCCGGCUGGCCGGGAAGGCGCCGGUGGGUGUGAUCGCGGAGCUGGUUGAGGAUGGCGAGUUGGUCCCUGGGGUGCCGGCCAUCGGUGGUAACAACGACAUGAUGCGACGCGAUGCGUGCUUGCAGUUCGGGAAGAAAUGGGGUAUCAAGGUGUGUACGAUUGAGGAUCUGGUGGAUUAUGUGGAGCGGAUGGAGAAGGGCGCGGCGAAUGGGUCGCAUUGAUCUUAGAGUGGUCGCAAGUUAU